CGGCCCUGCCGUCCCUCGUCCCGCAGCGCUGGGCCUGGGAGCCCGCGUUCCGGGGCUCGGCGCUCCGGGCUGCCGCGGCUGCCCGGCCGCCCGCUCGCCCGCCAUGGCGCAGCUGGAGGGCUAUUACUUCUCGGCCGCCUUGAGCUGCACCUUCCUGGUGUCCUGCCUGCUCUUCUCCGCCUUCAGCCGCGCUCUGCGGGAGCCGUACAUGGACGAGAUCUUCCACCUGCCGCAGGCGCAGCGGUACUGCGAGGGCCGCUUCUCCCUGUCGCAGUGGGAUCCUAUGAUCACUACGUUACCUGGCCUGUAUCUGGUGUCGGUGGGCGUGGUCAAACCUGCCAGCUGGAUCCUUGGAUGGUCGGAGCACAUCAUCUGCUCCAUUGGGGUGCUCAGAUUUGUCAAUCUUCUCUUCAGCGUUGGCAACUUCUACUUACUGUAUUUGCUCUUCAGGAAGGUACAACCCAGGAACAAGGCUUCUUCAAGUAUCCAGAGAAUCUUGUCGACAUUAGCCCUAGCAGUAUUUCCAACCCUCUAUUUUUUUAACUUUCUUUACUAUACAGAAGCUGGGUCUGUAUUCUUCACUCUUUUUGCUUAUUUGAUGUGUCUUUACGGCAACCAUAGGACCUCGGCCUUGCUUGGGUUUUGUGGUUUCAUGUUUCGUCAGACCAACAUCAUCUGGGCCGCCUUCUGUGCAGGCCACCUUAUUGCACAGAAGUGCAGCGAAGCCUGGAAAACAGAACUGCAGAAGAAGAAGGAGGAGAGGUUUCCCCCCGUUAAGGGGCCGCUCUCAGAGCUCAGAAGAGUGCUGCAGUUUCUGCUGGUGUACUCCAUGUCCCUGAAGACCCUGAGGAUGCUCUUCCUGUUGACCUGGCCCUACAUGCUUCUGCUGUUGGCGUUCUUUGCUUUUGUGGUAGUUAAUGGUGGGAUUGUCAUUGGCGACCGGAGUAGUCACGAGGCCUGUCUCCAUUUUCCUCAGUUGUUCUACUUCUUCUCCUUUACUGCCUUUUUCUCCUUCCCUCACCUACUUUCUCUGACCAAAGUCAAGACUUUCCUUAGCUUAGUUUGGAAACGUAGAGUUCAGUUCUUUGUGAUUACGUUAGUCUCCAUGUUUUUGGUUUGGAAAUUCACUUAUGUCCAUAAGUAUUUACUGGCAGACAAUAGGCAUUACACAUUUUAUGUGUGGAAAAGAGUAUUUCAGAGACAUGAAGUUGUCAAAUAUUUAUUAGUUCCAGCCUACAUUUUUGCUGGUUGGGCUAUAGCUGACUCUUUAAAGGCUAAGUCAAUUUUCUGGAAUUUAAUGUUUUUUGUAUGCUUGGUUGCUUCAACAGUUCCUCAGAAACUAUUAGAAUUCCGUUACUUCAUUUUACCGUACAUGAUUUAUAGGCUUAACAUACCUCUGCCACCCAUAUCUAGACUCGUUUGUGAGCUGGGUUGCUAUAUAGUCGUUAAUUUUGUAACUUUUUAUAUCUUUCUGAACAAGACUUUUCAGUGGCCAAAUAGUCAGGACAUCCAAAGGUUUAUGUGGUAGUGGUAGGGAUAUUUUGAACUUUAAAAGUUCUACAGCAAAUAACUGGGUAAAUAGAAGUGGAAUUUCUUUUAAGUAAAUUCAGGGAAGUGAAUAGAAUUAAGUUUGAGACUAGCCUAAAAGCUCUGAGUGAUAUUAAUAAAGUUGCUUGCAGUUGUCUUGAAAGUCUUUUCAGUGUUUGGGGAACUUUCUGUGUGUGUAGAGGUUAGGGGGCUGGAUAAGCUGUGCAGUGCUUGAACUUCCUCACCAACUCUCUUUUGUAAAGAACAGUAAGUGAGUUGAAAACCACUUACAAAUAAAUGACCCAGCAGUGUUUCUGAGUGAAAUUGCCAGAUAUUGUCGUAAAUAUGGCUCUGAUCUUAGAAUAGAUGUACAGAUGUAACAAUUCGUGCACUAGAGGCUUUGGGAUGUCUAAGAAACAGGUAUUUUAAUUUAGGGCAUAGGAAUGACGAUGACAUUUGAAUUCCUUAUUUGAAGUUUAUGCAGGCCAAAGAUAAACUGUGUUGAUCAUAAUACUUUUUAUGGAUAAUCUUCUGAAAUACUGCCCUGUUAGUUAUCCAGGGCGCCUGCACAAAACCAGCCACAAACCUUAUGGCUUCAGAGUUUCUCCUCACAUUCGUAUAGGGCAGCUCCUAAAUUCAAGUGUUGGCAGCACUCACUCCUUCAGGACCUGAGAGUCCAUGUCCCUGUAUGCCUCACCCAGCACUGCUUAGAGGGGCCUUGCUUUUGGACAGGUCCUCCAGUCUGUCCGUGUCUCAUAGGACUGUCUCCACUGGCUUCCUAUGCAGUUACUGCCAUUGGGUUUUGGGAUCCUCUGAUUCAGGGUAACAUUACCUGGAGACCCUUGAUUAUAUCUAGAAAAAUGUUUAAAGGAAGGCCCCAGUCAUAGGUCCCACAUCAUUUUGGGGUGUGUGUGUGUGUGUGUGUGUUGGGGGGGGUGAGGGGGGUAUGUCAUAAGAUGUGCUUGAUGAGAGCUUUAAGUAAAAGUUUGUUUUUAAUUGAGAGACCAAAAAAAAAAAAAAAAAAAGCCAAAUGGCUGAGGUCAUAUAAUUUGCAUUUGUCCCUAUUAUUCAAACAAACCGGAAGAACUCAGAAGGUGUGAGAAGUCAUUGGUUUAGUUUCAUUUUAUAAUUUAGUGAGCACUACUAGGUGUGACUACUAGGUGUGACUCUGGGGUUUGCUUUGUUUCGAUUUCGGUUCUGUGCUACUGUUGAUGCAAAUUAUGUUUCUGCUUUAAAUAUUAAAAAGAAUUAUCAAGUAUUUUUUUAUUAGGCUCAAUUGACUUUGUUGGCUACUUAGUGAUCAUAAGGGGCUCAGUGGUUAAAAGCUUGGGCCACCCUUGCAGGAACCCCAGGGUGGUGGUUCCUGGCUCCUAGGGCAGCACAGAGCCACGUACACCUCCACCUCUGGGGCACUGAGUGCAGGCUCUGGCUCUGCAGUGUCCCGUGCUCACCUGCAUAUCACCCACCACCCGCACACAUUUAAGUUAGAAAUGCUAACAGGUCAUUGUAGACAGUGUCACCCGCUGAAGGGGCUCUGCGUUCUCCACCUCUCUUCCAGUAGGAAAUUCUAAAUUCUAAAGCCUUCAUGAGAACGCCUAGUCUUUUGCCUGAGCUCCUUUGGCCUCAGUAAUGUUUCACCAGCUCUACUUUUAUGUGAAAAUCCACAGGCAGAGCCUCGUUUCCCAGAUGUAGUAAGAGUUUGUGUGCGGUGCAUUUGCUUACAUUUCUGCUUUCCGUGGAUCCCUCUCUUAGGGCUGCAUCUCACCAAAUGUGGAAGUAGUGUUUGCCCUUUACACCAGGACAUACUCCUGUAAGAGGAAUUUCUGUUCUCAUAGACAUCUGUGUUUGUCCUGUUACAAAAUACCCACUAUACACAAUGCAGCUUACUUCUAGGGAAUAGUUUAGGAUAUUUCCAGGAUAUUUCCGCAUUAUGCUCAUCACCUUUGUCUAGAGAGGAGAAGGGAUUCAUAGCUUUCAUUUAUAAUUCCUAGAGACUGAACAUAUAUUUUAGGUCCAGUUCAAACUAUAUUCAGAUAAAAUCAUGUUUAUUGUCUUAGAGCAAUUAGAAAGUCUUUAAAUGUUAAGACAAGUAUAAUGUACAUAAUAUUUUUCAUAGAGGAAAUUAAAAUAAGAUAUAGAAAAAAAAUGUCCUUGAUUUUGGCUCCAGAAUAAAAAGACAAAUUGUUGAAGGACGUUUGUUUGUUCCUAAUCUCAAAUGAGAAUGUUAUGUCUGAACUCUAGUUAGUACCUGGUAUGAGUACUACUGUAUUUCAGCAGGGAUUCAUGCUGUAUUCCAUGUUCGUGAAGCCCAUAAAUACGCUAUAUGAUGUAUAUUGAGUAAAUUGGUAUUGACUAGAGUUUUCAAUAUAGAAGGAAGCGGAUAUUCUAGAAAAGUACCUUAUAACCAACUUAAUCUUAGGAAGUAAAUUGUGUUUUGUAAUAGCCAUCCUGACCCCUUCUCCAUGUUUUCUGAAUGUUAUUUUCUAUAGCGAUAAGUGCAGACAUGCACAUUUAGUAUCUGCUGUCUGCAGCAGGAUAUGAUUUUAAUAAUACCAUUUAAAAUGCAAGGUCAUUCAGUAUUACAGUAAGUUUAGGUGAUUUGCCCUACUUUAAUCCUCACAUCCCAGCCAGUUAGGAACAUCUUCUGUUGGGUUUUAGCUCUUUGGAGGACUUACUUUUCUUUGGGUGCAUUUUAUGCAUAUGAAGUCAAUGGCUAUAUGUUGUUAAGAGAUGAUAUAUAGUAAAUUAGAUACUGGUGACACAAUUUUAAUAUAUCCAUGAUUCCAGCACUAAAUUCCAUAAUGUUUGGUAGUUAUUUCUAAAGUAAAUUUUGUGAUAAUAAGUAAUCCAAUAAUUUCUUUAUGUUAUUUAAGAUGAGAUAGUGGCCAUUUCUUCGUAUCGUACAUACUGUUAAAGCAACACUAGGAUGUAUUUUUCUUUCAAGAAAGUAAAUAUUAUAUGGAAUUUGCAUUUAGAAAUUUGAUCAGUUUAUUUGAGCCCUGUAUUGUCCUGCUCAAGAUGAAUAAGAAUGAAAAGAAUUGCAGUAGUCCUCUUUAUCAAUAGUGUUUUGCUGGUUCACACACACACACACACACACACACAGCUGUGAGCUGUUGCUGUUGUGCCUCACACUCAAAGCUCAUUAAGAGAAAAUGGAGGUCGCUACUCUACUGGUCAGACCUCUCAUAGCUUGUUACUGUGUGAGUCAUGUUUCUGAAAUUGUAGGAGCUUUUUAGAGGAAAACGAAUAAAAUGAUAAACACUUAGGUUUUAUUACAAGACAUUGUUAAAUUGUUGAUGUUUAAUUGGAAAAACAUAGCUCCCAUAACAACAAGUUCUUACAGUUACUUGAAGGCAUUAUACGUUAUCCAUUGCUUUAAAUGUAGACCAGAGGUCAACAAAUAGGUUUUAACUCACAAAAAUACACCUUUUCUUUUUAAUUAAGUAGUCUUUUCAGGGGAAUAGAGCUCCCCUAAAUAAGUUUUUUAUUUACUGAAAAUAUUUCAUUGGGAAAGCUUCCGACUUGAGAGAGUAGAUAGAGCAUAGUGUCUUUUUCAGGGGGUCUCAAAACCUGCCAAUUUAAACGUGGGUUUUAUUACAGCUAAUCUUUAUAUUCUUUGGUAAGUCAAGUUCAAGAAUCUCUUGAAGUAUUCUGCCUUUCAUAUAUUUUGUUUCUGAAAUAAGGUGGAUGUUUAGCUGUUGUUAUCCUGUUUUUGAAAUUGAGUUAUACAACCAAGCCAAAGGUGGUAUAAAAUUUCAGUGUACCGGUAAUGUAGAAGUAUUUAUCUUACACACAUUUGUAUUUCUUUGUCAAUACAGAACUGUCUUUGUGUUUCCCCUGUAGUGAUGAACAGGAAAGUAGUGAGUAAUAAGUUUGUAAUGAAAUGUUUACUAGGUGAUGACAAUGUGCUAUGUUUUAAUGUAUUCCUGUAAUAUAACUUUUUCUACUAGUCUAGAUUAAACUUUUUAUAGUUUUGUAUUGUUUUGAACCACAAAGAUUUAUAACUCACCUUUGUUAAUUAUUGUUUGUCAUUCAAGAAAGGUCUCAUAAUCCAGGCUAGCCUGGAAUUUUCAGUGUAGCCAAGAAUGACCUUGAACUCCUGAUUCUUUUUUGCCUCUCUCUCUGGACUGCUGCCAUUACAGGCAUGCUGCAGCACGCCUCCUUUAUGCGGUGCUGGGGAUCAAAUUUAGGACCUAAAGCCUGAUAGGCAAGCGCUCUACCAGCUGGGCCGCAUCCUCAGCCCUGCUUGGUAUACUGUGACUGAAAAUGGUUCCUGAGUUACCUGAAGUGAAGGGAAAUAUACAACCAAAAGUCAUUUGUUCCAUGAUUAUGUCUCAGAUGAUGUGACCUAACAUACCCUGCCAAUGGAACUGUUGUUUUACCUCACGGAUUUGCGGUUUGUUUCUGAUUGCGGUAAUAGGUUUGGAAGCAACCUGUACUGUCUACUUCUGUCUCACUGUUUCUUAGUUCUCUGUGUUAACUGUACCACACACGGAGAAACUGAGGAGAGAGUGUGCAUUUGUCUAAUACUGGAGACUAAGCAGAGAUUAUUUGUCUAAUGUUACAAAGUAGCUGUGUGAGCUCUGGUUUGUGAGCUAGACAGCCUGACAAGAAUCCGGGCUCUUAGCUGCAGCUGAUUGACAGGUGCGAAGGACACAAUCUACCUUCAUUUCUGUAGCAUUUUAGAAAAUUUUUCCAUGUAAAAUAGAACUCCACUAUUCUUCUAGGUCAGGCAGUUGAGGCACAUACAAACUGUCUCUUCCAGAGCAAUCUUUCAUCUCCCAUGUGCCAUCACUGCCUCCGAUUGUGUGAACACAAAAUCUACAUUGCAGGCUGAGAUGACAGCCCUAUAAACAAGGAAGCAAAGAUCUUUGAUAUCCAGUAGAGAUAUAGUUGCUUACAACUUAAUUUCUCAAAAGAACUUCGGUAAUAAAUGGUUGUUUUAAACUGAUCUGUGAUUUUUAAAUCUUGAAAGAAUUUGACCUUUAUUUUAAAUAUGUGAAGAUAUGUUUUAAAGGUUUUUUAAUGUUUUGCAUUUUGUUACAUUAAAAACUGCAGAUGUUUGACUCUAAAAUUGUGAUUUAUGUCAUUUAAACUCUUGAAUGAACCUAUUUAUAAGAAUAAAAGCUUUUAAAAUAA